AUGACUAUCCAAACUGGACUCGACUACAUCCGCUCUCGCUCCAUUGUCGACUGCGACACCAUGGACGAGCAAGUUGCCAAAACCCUUGGUCCUUUCCACGACUGCACCUCCAACCAGGCAAUAGCCUACAACGAACUCACCAAGCCCGAACAUGCCGAGCUUCUCCAAUCCUCUCACACCAAAGCCAAAGCUCUCAUCCAAGAAUACCCCGGUCUAACCAUCGAAGAACUCGCCAUCGAGAUAGCAAUGAUAUCCCUCUCCCUCAGAAUCGCCCCCCACAUCACCGGCCACAUCCACAUCCAAACAAACCCCUACUAUUCCUACUCCACCGAAAAGACCAUCGUCAACGCCCUCCGCAUAGUCAACCUAACCCACCAGCUCUCGCCCACCCACCCCCAAUCCCGCAUCUGCAUCAAAAUCCCCAGCACCUGGGAAGGUCUCAAAGCAUGCCAAGUCCUCGAACAAGCCGGGGUACGAACCCUCGCCACAACCCUCUUCACCAUGCCCCAAGCCAUCCUAGCAGCAGAAGUAGGAUGCACAUACAUAGCACCAUACGUGAACCAACUUCGAGUGCAUUUUGAGCCGGGCUUCAAAGACCCCUCCCCCCUACUACACUUCAGCGCCCUAGUCCAGAAAUACUACGCCUCCAUCGGAUCCCAAACACAGGUAUUACCCGCUAGUUUGACGUCCACGAACGAGAUCUUCGCCUUGGCGGGCGUGCAGCAUAUUACGAUUGCUCCUGGGUUAUUGGAUGAGUUGGCGAAGCCGUUGUUGGAGGGGAAGGUACCUGUGGAAUCGUUGUUUGAGUCUCCUGCUGUGGUGGAGGCGGCUGUGCCUGGGAAGGAGGUGUCGUAUGUGGGUGAUGAGGCGGGGUAUCGGAUUGCGUUUACCAGGGAUGCGAAUGGGUUGAGUGAGGAGAAGUUGACUCAGGCUGUGAAUAUUUUCUGUGAUAUGCAGGAUAAGUUGGUUCAGGUAUUUAAGGGGUUGAAUUGA